GUCAGUGUCAAUAAAGUUUUGUUUUGUCAACGGUUUUUCGAAUUUUUUUCUUGUAUUUAUAGAUUUUUACGAGAAAAAUGUCUGGGAAAACAAGGUAAGUAUUUGUAGUAGUACCUUGCGUGCGAACUGUUCAUUUUUUUUUUUAAAAGUUGUAAAUUUUUAUGAGAACAGUUUCCCGUUUUUGAAUUUACAUUAGUUUAUUUCACACAUUAGUAACAUUUAUAUGUUACCUAACUACCUAGAACCCGAAGUACAGCACAGCAGCUUAAGCUGCUUGCUGAUUAUAUGGCUGCGCAUCCGCGCUUGGCUCAUGGAGAAUUUUCUGGGCCCCAAGGAAAAGUCAACGAGCAAAGGGAGUGGGAGGAACUGCGCGUCAUAUUAAAUGAACACGGGCCGGAUAAAUCUUUGGAGCAGUGGAAAGUGGUAAGGAUAUUUUUUACUGUCAAUAAUUAAUAAACGCUAAGUAUUAAAUGUUUUUGUUAAUAUUUAACUAGACAAUUUUAAAAUGUGAUAAUUAUUAAAAAUAAAAGGAUUGUUUGUAAAUGAUUAAAACACAGUUUAAAACUCUAUUGUAUUCUAUCAUUCAGACUUGGCGCGACUUACGCCGCAAGGCCCGAACUGAGGGGAGUGUGGCGAAUCGUGCCAGAAAUAUCACUGGAAAUGCUACUCCAGUACCGGCCAUUUCUGAAAUUUCUCAGAAAAUUCUUGGAGUCAUGGGCACCGAAGGAGCCUUUGGGAUCCAUGGUGCUGAAGAAUCUGGUAUUGGCUUCUCCAUAGAAGUAUUAGAGGAUUUAGUGGCUGGACCGUCAGGUGUACAGAACCAAAAUAAUAAUGAAAGUACACAAAACAUUCAUCAAGUUGUGGUAGAUCCAAACCUGCCACAAGAACAUCAAGUUGAGCAUGAUGAAGUUUUGACGAUAGAAGAAUCAAACAGGGCAGAAGUCAACCAGCUGCAUCAAGUUGAGCUUGAUGAAAUUUCAAUGAUUAACAUGGGUGCAAGUGCCACAGAUAACGACCGUAGACGGAGUGCGGGUGCGGGCUCGGGUGCGAGCAUUAGCAGGAGGUCCGCUGGAGCUGGACGUCAGCAACAGCAGCAGCGCGAGCGACAGCGCCGUAACAGACCCCAACCGCAAGCACGAGCUAACCAAUUCCUAGAAGCAGAGCUGGAUAGCAAUAAUAUUUUGAGGGAUAUUGCAAAUCAAUUAAAUAUUAUGAAUCGCAACAAUGCCGUACGAUCGCGACAGAAAUAUAAGGAGAAGUAAGUACCUAAGAAAUAUGUAUGAGCUAUAGAAAAUUUUUGGAGCCAGAGAAACUUUCAUAGUCGGCCACGGUCUGUCUAUGAUACUAGCACAUCAAAUGCCUAUUCGUACUUGCCAUUUAUACAAUCGAAAACAGUAUAUCAUAAAUAUGCUCUAAAGUGAUCCAAAAGGAAAGAUUAUUAUGAAAUUCACUAAUACCAAAUACAAAUAGCCAUGUGAGGGGCCAGCAAAGCGCCAACUGUUAUGUUUGGGAUAUUGAUACGAAAGAAAAUUCUUGUGCUGUUAUAAUAGUAGAUAUACACACAUCAAAAAUAUUACAUGAAGUGAUUUUGUAUUAAAUUUUGCCGCUUUUGUUGUGCCACACGCAGAAGAGUCUCGUGCAAAGCCUGUGGUAGAUGUGGCGUUUCUUCUUCUGCCUCUACUUCACUUGCAGUAGGAGGAAUUCGAAAAUGUUUCAUUAUGUUGUAUAAUGUACAACAAGCAUAAAUUAUAGCUGACGCCUUUUCUGGGCUAUAAUGCAGGCGUCUAUCUAUACCCAGACAUCGGAAGGUGCCUUUAAGGUAGCCAUUUGUGCGCUCGAUGACAUUGCGUGUAGAACAAUGCCAUGAGGUAUAUCGAUCCUCAGGCGAAUCAACCACUGUGUUGGUAAUAGGUGUCAUCAUCCAAGGCUCCAGUGCAUAUCCUGAGUCUCCUAGUAAAAAAUAUUGGCCAGUUCGCUCAUUGUACAACCUCUGCAGUUCAACUUUAACUAAAGAGUUAUUAAAGAUGUACUGGUCAUGACAACUUCCCGGGAAAUUGGCGUUAACAUUUAAAAUUUUGGCAUCAGCAUCACAAAUCUGAAAUUGUACAUUUAUAGUCAUAUCUCCAUAUCGAUUCCUAUACUGGGAAUUAGUCAACCCAUUGGGGGGAAAUAUUUUAACAUGAGUGCAGUCUAUGGCCCCCAAAAUAUUUGGCACUCCACUUUUCAACAAGAAGUUUUCUGAAAUCUGGUUCCUUUCUCUUGGAGUACCAGGAAAAUUUAGCCAUUGAUAUUUCAGCCUGCGCAUUUACAGCAGUCACAAAUUGGUUUAGGUAUUUGCUGACUGUAGUUUGCCCAAUGCAUUGGCUGGCCUCGUUUGCAUUUCCUCUUUGGUAGUGGCCAUCCAGCAGCAUUUUCAAUGACGAGAAACCUUUAGCGAGACCGGGUAUCCUGUAGAAGAUUGAGGAGCCAAAUCUUCUUGCAAUUCUGAGCACAAAUAAUGCACCAUUUCCAUGGACACCUUAUAAUUCCGUACGAACUCAUCAAGAGGAAGUAGAAAAGGGUCACGUAGCUCACGGAUAAUGACCCUCUCUUCCUUUCUAACUUCCUUCUCCUCUGAGGCAAGGAGAUUCAGUCGUACAAAUGACCUCGACAUGCUAAUUAACAAAAAUACAGCUUUCAGUGUUUUCCUAAGUACAAACGACACUGACCUAAAUAAUUGUAAGCUUUCGUCACAAAAUAUGAAUUUUCACUUUUUU